UUGUGCUCCACUGGCCAUAGUCUCUGGAGGUGGAACUCCCAGCCAUUGUUGAAGUUUGGGAUGCAGUCCGGAGACUUUAUGUUGUCCACCAACAUCCUUCUAUCUGGCAAUAAUUACACAAAGAUUGCACUACUUCUCAAAUUCAUGAAUAUGGGAGUUGUGGCAAAGUCAACAUUCUUCAGCAUACAGGACGUCUACUGCGUGGAUAGUAUAAAGGACUUCUGGCAGCAAACUCGAAAAAACAUCCUUGCACGGCUGAAAGAAAAGGAUCAUGUUGUCAUACUUGGUGAUGGCAGGAUGGAUUCACCAGGGCAUUGUGCGCAAUACUGCACCUAUACCACUAUAGAGCAAGAGUCCAGAGAUACUGUCCACAUUGUAACCAUAGACAAGAGACAGACGAAUCGGAAUUCAGUGAUUAUGGAGAAACAAGGGUUCAUCAAGACCAUGGAUGCUCUGCUGCAGAAAACUCCAGUGAAAGAAGUGGUCACAGAUGCCCACAGACAAAUCACAGCAUUACUAGAUCCAACACGGGGAAAAUACAGACAGUGGGGUCUUCAUCACUCCCUGGAUAUUUGGCAUGCAGCCAAGAACCUCGCAAAGAAACUGAAGGCUGCUGGUUCAAUCAAAAAGCAAUCAGCAAUCCUGCAGUGGCUGAGACACAUUGUCAACCAUUUCUGGUAUUGCUGCAAACAAGCCACAACGGAAGAGAAAUUCAAAAUAAUGUGGCAUGGUGUUCUUUUGCUAGCUGCGAACAUGGUCCACUUGAGGAUGCCAGCAGAGACAAGCCAUGGAUGGUGCAAGGUUCUCCAGCACACCAGGCUUUGACAGCAGUUGUCAUGGAUAAAUACUGGCUCAAGAAUGUGAAGACGUUUCUCAACUUUCGAACAACAUUGGACCUCGAAAGUUUCCAGAACCACAUACUCAUGUAUGCUGGAAAACGAUUUGCAUACAGC